AUGGCAGUCGACACUGACAGCGCCCCGCGCGCCGCGGGAUCGGAGGAAACGAAAAACCCCGAUCUGCAAGUACGGAGCUUGGAACCAGUCAAGGGGAGGGAGUGGUCAAGACGACUGAACCCUCUGCGAUGGCAGUCGAUACCGCCUGUUCCGGAACAGCGCUCUGUGUCAAAAGAGUACGGGGCGGGGUUCUUCAGUAUCAUCUCUUUCCAAUGGAUGUCAUCGUUGAUGAAUGUUGGUUAUUUGCGACCUCUGGAACUUCAAGACAUCUGGACGGUCAAUCCCAAUCGAGCCGUGGAUGUAUUGUUGGAGCGUUUGGAGGCUGCAUUGGCCCGUCGUACAGAACGUGGAAGCAAGAACCCGCUGAUCGCGGCUCUAUAUGACACAUUCCGAUUUGAAUUCCUACUAGGCGCCGGUUGCCAGUUAUUCGGCUCCCUUCUUUUGGUCUUUGCACCCUAUCUAACCCGCUAUUUGAUCGCCUUUGCCACCGAAGCUUACGAGGCCAAGAAAUUGGGCCAUGGCACCCCCGAUUUGGGUCGUGGCAUGGGCUUCGUCGUCGGUAUUACCGUCAUGCAGUCGUUACAGAGUAUAUGCACGAACCAGUUCCUGUACCGUGGCCAGAUGGUGGGCGCGCAGAUCCGUGCAGUGCUGAUCUCGCUGAUCUUCAAGAAGGCUAUGAGAUUGUCCGGUCGCGCCAAAGCAGGUGGCAAGGCUACAUCAGAAGAACUUCUUGCACUCCAAGCGGCUAAAGAUGAGGCCAUGAGUAGGAAGUCUGGAGAGAAGAAAGAUGGGGAGGAAGACGAUGCUAAAGGGGGCCCGGAUGCAGCAAAUGGCAUUGCGGGCGACGGGCGGGGAUGGAGCAACGGUCGCAUUAUCGCUCUGAUGAGUAUCGACGUUGAUCGCAUCAACUUGGCGUGCGGCAUGUUCCAUAUGCUUUGGAGUGCUCCGCUUUCCAUUAUUGUCACCCUCGUGCUUCUUUUGGUCAACCUCGGUGUGAGCUCUUUGGCUGGCUAUGCGCUACUACUACUCAGUAUGCCGGCCCUCACCAUUGCCGUACGUGCUCUGGUCAAGCGUCGCAGUGCGAUCAACAAAUUGACCGAUGCCCGUGUAUCCUUGACUCAAGAGAUCCUACAGGCAGUGCGCUUUGUCAAAUUCUUUGGGUGGGAACAGAGUUUCCUCAACCGCUUGAAGGACCUCCGCAAUCAGGAAAUUCGAGCGAUCCAAAGGGUUCUGGCUAUCAAAAACGCCAUUAUGUGUGUUUCGAUAUCCAUCCCGAUUUUCGCCUCCAUGCUCGCCUUCAUCACUUACUCAUUGACUAAUCAUGCUUUGGUCGCGGCCAACGUUUUCUCAUCCCUUGCUCUGUUCAAUUCGAUGCGAGGACCCCUCAACUCCCUGCCCAUGGUGAUUGGCCAAGUCGCGGACGCCUUCACUGCUCAAACACGAAUUUCUGAAUUUCUUGCCGCCGAGGAGCAGGUAGAGGGUAUCGAGACUAUUCAGGACAUGGAAAAUGCGAUCGAGGUUGAGGAUGCCUCUUUCACCUGGGAACGUCUGCCCAUAAAGGAAGAGGAUGGCCCCGGCGACAAGAAGCCGGCAAAGGCACUCGAACUCAAGAAGCCCGAGGCCGACGAAGAUGCUCCCAAAGCGCCAUUCAAGCUGGAGGGUAUCAAUCUCGAGGUUGGUCGAAAUGAGCUCGUUGCAGUCAUUGGCACCGUCGGUUGCGGCAAGAGUUCUUUGCUUUCUGCCUUAGCUGGCGACAUGCGUCUCACCCAAGGCAAGGUCAGGAUGGGUACUACUCGCGCUUUCUGUCCACAGUACGCCUGGAUUCAGAAUGCUUCGCUCCGCAACAAUAUUGUUUUUGGAAAAGAAUUCGACGAAGCUUGGUACAAUGACGUCGUUGAGGCCUGUGCCUUGCUCCCGGAUCUUGAGGUUCUUCCUUACGGUGACCAGACUGAAAUCGGAGAGCGCGGUAUCACUGUCUCCGGAGGUCAAAAGCAACGUCUGAACAUUGCCCGUGCCAUUUACUUUAACGCUGAGUUAGUGCUCAUGGACGAUCCCUUGUCAGCUGUCGAUGCCCAUGUGGGUCGUCAUAUCAUGGACAAAGCAAUCUGUGGGUUAUUGAAAGGCCGGUGUCGGAUCCUUGCGACCCAUCAACUUCAUGUCCUCAGCCGAUGCGACAGGAUCAUUGUGAUGGACGCGGGGAAAGUUCACGCCUUUGACACUUUUGACAAUCUUUUGCGUGAUAACGAGCUUUUCCAGCGCCUCAUGUCCUCGUCCAAACAGGAAGAGUCAGAGGAAGACGCCGAAGAGCAAGAUGAAAUCGAUAUUGAGAAAGAUGCAGUUGAGCCCGCAAAUGAAGAGGAAGCAAAGCCUGCAGAGCCCACGGCUGGAAAAGCCCCAAAUGUUCUUAUGCAACAAGAGGACAAGGCUACAGCAUCCGUAGGGUGGGAAAUCUGGCGAGCGUACAUCCUUGCCUCUGGAAGCUACUUUAACGCGUUCGCAGUCAUCUUCUUAUUGUGUGUUGCGAACGUCGCCAAUAUGUGGUGUAGUUUGUGGCUUUCAUAUUGGUCUUCCCGCAAGUAUCCUGCGCUUACACAGAACGAUUACAUCGGGAUCUACGCUUCACUGGGCGCCUCGGUAGUGAUUUUCAUGUUUCUGUUUUCGACAUACAUGACAACUGCUGGCACCAAGGCCAGUAAGACUAUGCUUCACCGUGCGAUGACCCGCGUGCUGCGUGCCCCGAUGACUUUCUUCGAUACUACCCCGCUGGGCCGAAUCACCAAUCGUUUCUCUCGAGAUGUUCAGGUUAUGGACAGCGAGCUGUCUGAUGCAAUGCGAAUUUAUUCAUUAACGAUCACCAUGGUUCUCUCCGUGCUGAUCCUGAUCAUCGUCUUCUUCUACUAUUUCGUCAUUGCGCUCGUGCCCCUUGUUAUCCUCUUCCUUCUGGCAGCUAAUUAUUACCGAGCUUCUGCUCGUGAAAUCAAGCGACAUGAAUCCGUUCUUCGAUCUGUCGUCUAUUCUCGCUUCGGUGAAGCCAUCGCCGGAGUUUCAUCCAUCCGAGCGUACGGAGUCCAAGACCAGUUUGGUCGCAGUAUCCGUGAAGCGAUUGAUACAAUGGACGGUGCUUACUUCCUUACCUUUUCGAACCAGCGCUGGCUCAGCGUUCGACUAGACGCAGUAUCCACUCUUCUUGUUUUCGUCGUUGGUGUUCUGGUCGUCACCUCCCGCUUCAACGUUUCACCUUCUAUCUCUGGGCUUGUCCUUUCUUACAUCCUGGCCAUCGCCCAAAUGCUCCAGUUCACCGUCCGCCAACUUGCCGAAGUUGAGAACAACAUGAAUGCCACAGAGCGACUUCACUACUACGGAACGCAGCUUGACGAAGAAGCCCCUCUUCACCUGGGAGAGGUACCUGAUAGCUGGCCCGAGAAGGGCCGCAUCCAGUUCGUCGAUGUGAAAAUGCGCUACCGCGACGGUCUUCCUCUCGUCCUCAAAGGGCUCUCCAUGGAUAUCCAAGGUGGUGAGCGCAUUGGCAUUGUCGGGCGCACUGGUGCUGGGAAAUCAAGUAUCAUGUCCGCCCUUUUCCGCCUGACAGAAUUAUCGGGCGGCAACAUCCAGAUCGACGGGGUCGAUAUCGCGAAAAUCGGCCUGUCCGACCUUCGAUCUCGUCUCGCCAUUAUCCCUCAGGAUCCUGCCCUCUUUAAGGGUACCAUUCGCACCAACCUCGACCCUUUCGAGGAGCAUACCGACUUAGAGCUCUGGUCUGCUCUUCGCAAAGCCUAUCUGAUCGGCGACGACACCCUCGGACCCGACACAGAAGGCAUCCAAAGCUUACCCCCGACCGGCACAACCACACCCACUGAGGAAGUUGACGAGAAGGCCCGCUCAAGCAAGCGUCUUACACUGGAGUCUGCGGUCGACGAAGAAGGUCUGAACUUCUCUCUUGGACAGCGCCAGCUGAUGGCCCUCGCUAGAGCUUUAGUCCGAGACGCACGAAUCAUUGUCUGCGACGAAGCUACCUCGUCCGUUGACUUCGAGACCGAUCAGAAGAUCCAGUAUACAAUGGCCCGGGGCUUCGAAGGCAAGACUCUGCUCUGCAUCGCGCACCGUCUUCGCACGAUCAUUGGCUACGACCGUAUCUGUGUUAUGGACCAGGGCCAGAUCGCUGAGAUGGACACUCCGCUUGCGCUUUGGGAUCGCCCUGAUUCCAUCUUCCGCACUAUGUGUGAUCGCAGUGGCAUCAGUCGCCAGGAUAUCCUGGAUACCCUUUAA